AUGGCGUCUCUCUUUUCUAUAGAAGGCAGAACUGCCUUGGUCACAGGAGGAACACGGGGCAUAGGUCAAGCAAUGGCCAUUGCACUCGCCGAAGCUGGCGCAGACAUUGUUCUAGUUCAGAGACACGAGUCGAAUACUGCUACACGCGACGAAAUUACUAAACUUGGCCGGAAAGCUGUGAUACAUGUGGCUGAGCUAUCGGACCGAGAGGCUGUGAAAAAGAUCAUCCCUACACUUGUGCAACAGGGUGUACAACCAGACAUUUUGCUCAAUUGCGCGGGAAUCCAAAAGAGACAUCCUAGUGAGAAGUUUCCCGAUGAGGACUGGGAUGAGGUCAUCAACGUUAACCUGACAUCGGUUUUCACACUCGCCCGCGAAUUUGGUGCCAAUCUACUAUCCAGAGGCGCCUCCGAAUUUCCGAGCGGUCGAAGAGGCUCCGUGAUCAAUGUAGCCUCCUUACUGUCGUUCCAAGGAGGUAUCACCGUCCCAGCAUAUGCAGCAUCCAAGGGAGGAGUGGCACAGUUGACUAAAGCUUUAUCGAACGAGUGGGUCGCCAAGGGUAUCAAUGUCAACGCCAUUGCACCUGGUUAUAUUGACACGGACAUGAACGUUGCCCUGAUUAACGAUGCGAACCGCAAUGCCGGUAUCAUGGCUCGAAUCCCUGCUGGUCGAUGGGGAAAGCCCGAGGAUUUCAAGGGUGUGGUUGUCUUCUUGGCUAGUCCGGCUAGUAGUUAUGUGUCUGGAGAAAUAAUCACCGUUGACGGAGGCUGGAUGGGUCGAUAG